GCUGUAAAUACAAAAAUACUUGCCAGACCUGGUUCUAUUCAAUUUCAUUAUUUUCUAUUCUACUCUAAUACUUUGCACAUUGUACAUAUUUCCUAUAUUUAUACUAUGCAUCACAGCUGUAAACAGAACUGUUCAGAACUAUUCUAUUCUUUCAGUCUUUCACUCUUUCAAAUGUCUAACAAUUUUUUUUUUUUUCAAAAAAAGCAAAUCCUGUUGCAUUUGAUUUUGAUGUGCUACAUCAGAAAAAAAUGUAAUUGCUAUAAAGUCACAUUUCACAAAUUGUUUUAUAAAAUACUGUUAUAAGAUCUUAAAACAUUUUUAGAACCAAUAUUUAAUGCUAAUACCCCCUUUUUGUGACUAGGCUGUUUCACCUGUCAUCAGAUGCCGUCAGAUGCCAGCUAUUAAUAUAUAAUGCCAUUCGUUUUAGUCAUCAAAUGUUGUAUUCAGUCAAACCAUGUAAUUAACAUUUUACCAGUCAAUAAACCUUGAGAAAAACUAAAAAUAACCACAUGGUGGCACUUAAUAUAGAUUAGGUACUCAAACACACUCUCUGUGUAAUGACAUCUCCAUUCCUUGGCUACAUUUAGAAAACUUCACUCAUAGUUACCUAAUCUGUAAUCCAGUGGCCAUAAAAGAAGGACAGAGCCGUCCACCUCCCUGGGUGCCCCUUUGGACACCUUUGAGUCUAGCAGGUUCUUUGGCUGGAUUACCACCUGAUAGAGAAAACAUGCAGCUGCUAUUUGAAAUUUAUGAAUGUGUACUUUUCUGUACAGUUUUAGAGGAAAUCUAGAUGGAUGCAAUAGUUAUUUCAGAAAUGUUAUACACACACACACACCCAUGGAAAAACAAGCUUAUAAACAGGGUUGUUUAUACAAAAAAUAUAUAAUAUUCUAUCAAUAUUUACAAUUUAUGCAGCCUUUCCUGAUGUUCUUGGCCAAACACGUAGCUCAUAAUAAAAUCAUACAGAAGCACAGGCAGCAAACAAUUUAUUUAUUUUCAUUCUCUAUUAACAUUUUCUCCUUUGGAAUUAAAAGCUUUUUGGAGUAGGCUAUUUUAUAUUUUAUUUGUUUAUUGUUUUAUUAUUGUUUAAGGCUAAGGUAAUUGUGAUGAGGGCUGAAUUAUUGGUGUUGUCAUCAAGGCACAGGGUGACAUCAUCACUAAUAAUGAAGUCGGCUCAUCAAUGGACACAGGGCUUUAAAAGGAACUCACCCUGUGAACUGUGAACCAGCUCUGAUGUGAACUGAUAGGCUGAUGCACAAACUCCUGCAAUCUGUAGGCUAUACCAGCAUGGUUAAUAAAAUGGUUUCCAUUCAUCUUGGAUUUUUGGAGAAAACAGUUGUACUUUUCUCCAUCUGCAUAUUUUUCUAUUCAACACAUGCAGAUAGCAAGCCACUGGGCAAAAGGGCUAUCAAUGAAGUGCAGCUUAUGCACAACCUCGGGGCACAUAAACAUGUGGAACUGAGACAAGACUGGCUUCAGAUGAAACUGCGGGAAAUCCACACGGCUUCAGAGAAGAAAAACGAAGACAAAACAGGACUUCUUCCAGAUAUUCUUCCCAAACUGGCGGAUUUAAAUCAAAUGGAAGAUGAAGAUAUCAUUGUAGUUUUGGAAAAACUUAUGAACCCAUCGUAAAAAGAGAUUUUUUUUUUUUUAAUGUUAUUUACUUCUCAGGGACCGAAGUCAAUCCAUUCUGUUCAGCCUUAAUAAUUAUAUAUUAACAAUAUAUUUUUAUUAACAAUGUUCUAUACAGAAUUUAUUUAUAUUUUUAUGUAGUUUCCAUCAUUUUUAGCGGCUAAGCCAUAACAGCUCAAAGGCAAAGCUCUUCUAUGUAUUUAUUCAUUAUUUGAUCGUAACAUAGGCUAGAUCUAUUAACUGAACCCAGAAAAAAGUAAAGGCAGUCGGACCAAAUAUUUCUAAGUUUAAAAAAUAUUUUUUUCAAUGUUUUCUAUUUAUGUUGACAAUGUAAAAUAAACAUUUUAAAAAAUGUACUGUUGUGUUAAAUGUCUCACAUCGCGCACCUUACAUUUAAGGUUUACAUUUAUUUUUACUUCUGCUUUUUUCGUUUUUGUUGUAUUUCUGUUAUAAUAAUU